AUAUAUUCAGUCCUAUCUUGGGAGAAGAUUAAUUUUAUUUUGGCGUACUUCACUGUUUUUAAUUUAUAUUCAUUUUUAUUAAAUAUUAAUUUUUUGUCUUCAAAGACGAGUAAAAAUUUAUUAAAUUUUAAGAUAAAAUUAAUAAAAUAUAAGAUUUUUCUCGGUUAUGCUAAAUCAUGCCAAAAAUGAGAAGUGAUUAAUAGAGAGGGCAGGAGGGAAUCCCUUUACAUUUAAUUACCAUAUUACCCUCCUCGAUUCAAGAACUCCAUUUUAACAGGAGAAGAAUAAAUUAAUGUGCAACGAAGAAACUGGCACUGUUUUACCAUAGCUCAUCACAUCCAUUUUGUCAAUUAUAAUUAUAAUUCCAUAUUUGUUUAGCAUGUAGGAAAGAAGACUUGGAAAAUAGAACGUUUUAGUAUUUUUUUUUUCCCCUUAAAAAAUUUGGGGCUCUAAUAGUAGAUCAACGUGGAAAACAAAGGUGAUACUAAAACUGAAAUGAUUUGAUUUGAGGUCGUUGUUGGUGUCCAAAGUGUGGGAUAAUAUAUGGGGGCGUCAUUUUCACGGAUCCAAAGACGUAAAGGAGAUUGCAGUUUUGGGUUGGUGGACAUGACUCGGGGGAGCAUGCAUGGAGAACAUGGGCGACGUUUCUGACCUGCCCAAACAAAAAGCCAAAAGGCUUCGCAAUAAAAAAUAAUUUAAAAUUGAUUAUAAUAAUAGAAAAAGGCUGGAGGGGCAGACACGGUUUCCCGGAGAUGCAGCUACAAAAGAGAAACGGGGAGCGUGCGUUGUGCCUUUCUCUGGAGCGGCAUCGUCAUGGUGGGGACAAAUGCCCCGCAAUAAUGUUGAUAUUGCAUUCCGCUAACUCUACUAGGCCGUCGAGAGGACUUUUGUGGCCAUUUUUAUCGGCUUUCUCUGGUACACCUCAGUUCAUUACGCCUCUUGGCCUUCACCACGUUUUCCCACCUGACGUUGUUGAACCUGAGGCUGUUCCGGUUUUCCUUUCGGAGAUCGCACCGACGAGAAUACGUGGAGGAUUGAAUAUCCUGUUCCAGCUCAAUGUCACCAUCGGCAUUCUCUUCGCUAGCCUUGUCAACUACGGCACCAACAAAAUCAAAGGCGGAUGGGGUUGGAGGCUAUCUCUGGGGCUGGCUGGCAUCCCGGCCGGACUCCUAACCGUAGGAGCUCUCUUGGUGGUCGACACUCCCAACAGUCUCAUCGAGCGUGGUCGAUUGGAUGAAGGCAAAGCCGUGCUUAAAAAGAUAAGGGGCACCGACAACGUCGAACCUGAGUUCUUAGAACUGGUCGAGGCGAGCCGUAUUGCCCAGGAGGUGAAGCACCCUUUCAGGAAUCUUCUCAAGCGCCGCAAUCGUCCCCAGCUUGUCAUUGCCAUCGCCUUGCAGAUCUUCCAGCAAUUCACCGGUAUAAACGCCAUCAUGUUCUACGCCCCAGUGCUGUUCAACACAUUGGGAUUUAAAAACGAUGCUUCCCUCUACUCUGCCGCGAUCACUGGGGCUGUUAACGUCCUCUCCACUAUUGUUUCCAUCUACUCGGUGGACAAAGUUGGGCGUCGCAUGCUCCUCCUGGAAGCCGGUGUCCAGAUGUUCUUGUCCCAGGUGGUGAUUUCUAUUAUCCUAGGAAUCAAAGUGAAGGACCACUCGGAUGACCUUUCGAAAGGGUUUGCGAUCCUUGUCGUUGUUAUGGUGUGCACUUUUGUGUCUUCCUUCGCUUGGUCCUGGGGGCCUCUUGGGUGGCUCAUCCCCAGCGAGACGUUCCCACUGGAGACCCGAUCGGCGGGGCAGAGUGUGACUGUUUGUGUCAACUUGCUCUUCACCUUCGUCAUCGCGCAGGCGUUCCUCUCCAUGCUGUGUCACUUCAAGUUCGGGAUCUUCCUGUUCUUCUCUGGUUGGGUCUUGAUCAUGUCCUCCUUCGUCCUGUUCUUGCUCCCGGAGACCAAGAACAUCCCGAUUGAAGAAAUGACAGAGAGAGUGUGGAAGCAGCACUGGUUCUGGAUGAGGUUCAUGGAAGAUGAUUAUGGUGAUGUCGUGGAUGGUAAAGCAGCCAAUGGUAAAAAUGGGCGAGUUAAUGGAUUUAAUCCCUCUUCCCAGUUGUAAAUAAGAAUAUCGCCAUAAAAUUGGGUUUGCCAUACCAGUAAUUCAGGCUCCCCCUCCCCCUCCCCCUCUCCCUCCAUCCCUCCCUCUGAAUAUAGUAAAUGCCUGAACAUAGUAUCAUCACGCGCAUGAAUUAACCAUCUUUCCCAAAGCAGUUAAUAUAUUUCAGAAUUUUGUGACCCCCUUGGGUUUCCCUUCUUCUUCUUUUCUUCUUUGUAUUAUGAGAGAUGAUGUUAUUCAAAUCAGAUAUUUCAAUUUUUCUCAUGGUUGAAA